CAGAGUUGGGGGGGACACGGGAGGAAUAGUGGGUGCCUAGCGACAGGGAAAGGCGGUUUCUAGCAACGAGAGAGGCUCAGGGAAGUGGAAAGGCGAUGUGGCUGGAGGUGGGGGGCCUACUGCGGGGGACCUGUGGGCAGCAGGCCCGGGCCAUUGGCUUGCCUUGUGGGGCUCUGGGGCCAGGGCCCUACUGGUGGGGGGUUUAUGGGCGUUCUCAGGCCCAAAGGGUCCACCAGGAUGGGCCUCAUAGAGGCCUGAACGAGGAGGACAUUCGCCAGGCACGGGAGGCCCGGCCCAGAAAGACACCUCGGCCUCAGCUGAGUGACCGCGCUCGAGAACGCACCGUGCCUGCCUCCCGCAUCAGCCGCUUGGCCAACUUUGGGGGACUGGCUGUAGGCUUGGGGCUGGGAGCACUGGCCGAGGUGGCCAAGAAGACCCUACCUGGAAGAUACCUCCAGUCAGAGGGCAGCUCCGGGCCAGACUCCAGCCCGUUCCUGUCGGAAGCCAACGCAGAGCGGAUCGUGCAGACCCUGUGCACCGUCCGCGGGGCCGCCCUCAAGAUCGGCCAAAUGCUCAGCAUCCAGGAUAACAGCUUCAUCAGCCCCCAGAUACAGCGCGUCUUCGAGCGCGUGCGCCAGAGCGCGGACUUCAUGCCGCGCUGGCAGAUGAUGAGAGUUCUGGAAGAGGAGCUGGGCAGCGACUGGCGGACUAAGGUGGCCUCUUUGGAGGAAGUGCCCUUUGCCGCCGCGUCAAUUGGGCAGGUGCACCACGGCACGCUGAGGGACGGCACGGAAGUGGCUGUGAAGAUCCAGUACCCGGGCGUUGCCCAGAGCAUCGAGAGUGACGUGCAGAACCUGCUGGCCUUGCUCAAGAUGAGCGUGGCCCUGCCGGAGGGCCUCUUUGCUGAGCAGAGCCUGCAGGCCAUGCAGCAGGAGCUGGCCUGGGAGUGUGACUACCGUCGGGAGGCAGCUUGUGCCCAGAACUUCCGGCAGCUGCUGGCAGAUGACCCCUUCUUCAGGGUGCCGGCCGUGAUCCCGGAGCUGAGCACAGCACGGGUGCUGGGCAUGGAGCUGGCCCAGGGGGUCCCUCUGGACCAGUGCAAAGGCCUGAGCCAGGACAUCCGGAAUGAGAUCUGCUUCCAGCUCCUGAAACUCUGUCUACGGGAGCUGUUUGAGUUCCGGUUUAUGCAGACGGACCCCAACUGGGCCAACUUCCUGUAUGAGGCAGCCAGCCACCAGGUGACUCUGCUGGACUUUGGGGCAAGCCGGGAGUUUGGGACGGAGUUCACAGACCAUUACAUCGAGGUGGUGAAGGCAGCAGCAGAGGGGGACCAUGACCGUGUCCUGCAGAAAUCCCAAGACCUCAAGUUCCUCACAGGCUUUGAAACCAAGGAGGUAUCUGUGUGUGUCGUCUCUCCUCCCCCCGAUGCCCAUGUGAAGGCAGUGAUGAUCCUGGGAGAGCCCUUUGCCAGCCGGAGCCCCUAUGACUUUGGGGCCGGGGACACCGCCCGCCGCGUGCAGGGGCUCAUCCCCGUGCUGCUGCAGCACCGGCUGCGCCCCCCGCCCGAGGAGACCUAUGCCCUGCACCGGAAGCUGGCGGGGGCAUUCCUGGCCUGCUCCCGCCUGGGCGCGCAAAUCGACUGCAGAGACCUUUUCCAGGACACCUACCGCCGCUACUGGGCCAGUCGCCGGAGAGCCACAGCCCGCAGCCUGCUGACCAGGGCAGACCUCUGGGUUCCCGAAUCCCCUACUCUCAUGCCUGGGUCCACAGGCCGGGAACCCUGGGAUCGGGGAACCCUCCAUUUCCUGUUCCAGAUCCCGCCCCACCCCACGCUGGAGUGGGCAUCCUGGAGACCUGAGCCGCCCGCAACCUAUGAGCUGAUUUCUGCCUCCGCGGGAGGGAGCCUGGCCCCCUGA